AGAGUAUCUGGCAACUGAGUCAUUCUCUGUUCUGUUGCGCUGGACUCGGGAAUUUGCUCCUGUCCGUCCUCUCCCAUUCUCACCACCACCAAGGCAGUCAUCCCUUCGAUAUGGACUCCCAAUCUUCUCAGACCUCUCAGACCUCCCUGGCUCCGCCAGCGGAGAUCGCAGUGCCAAGCACCCCUGCCCGCCGUCCAACUCUAUCUCCUUCCCCAGAUCUUCGUCCGAUGACAAGCCAGGACAAGGCCACUUUAUACUCGCCCCCACCGAUCUCGUCUUCCGACAUGACUCCCCCGCCUUCUACGCAGAUCCCCGGAGCGCCCCUCAGGCGGUCCCGCUCCCGGUCCCGAUCUUCCAACCGUUCUUUCCUUGCUUCCCCUCCUGACACUAUCGAUAAGAGCCUCUGUGCCGCAUAUGGGGCGUCGGAGAACCUCCCGAGUGUCCAGGACAUUGAGACGGCCGACGAGGCUCAGCUCCGAACGAUUGCGAAGGAACUCCUCAGUGUAGCGCAGGAAUCGCGCAUGUCUGCUCUGCAUUUCAAGCUGCAAAACAGCCUGCAGACUUUGGCCAGCAGCGAAGCGGUGAAGCGGGCGGAGGUGGAACAGCAGCUGGCGAGGAGAGAAGUCGAGAUCUUGCAGAGCUCAGAGUACCGUGAUCGCCAUUCCACUCCUGCCUCCAAGACGUCUGCUUUGAACGACCAGCUGCAAACCGCUCUCCGCCGUAACCAAGACCUCGAAAGAGUGAAUGCUACGUUGGAAACGAGAUUGCGCCGCGCAAAGAGGCUCAUCCAGGAGGAGAAGGAAAAAUUCGAGCUCCUGGAGGAGGAAAAUGGCCUUCUCAAGAAGCGUAUCAGAGACAACCGGGAGCACUUCUCGCGCAUGAUCGACCAAGGUUCGCUUUCGUCCAGUCCCCGCGCUGAAUUCCAGGCUCCUCAGAGGAAGCCGAUCUCUACAUAUCCCGAAAACACAGAGUCUCACUUGUCUCGUGGUGGAAGCCACGAUGCCUUCGCCGCCCUCCUUGCUGCGGACCAGGUCUUGAACGGAGAAUCUGCGAGCGUUGCUACGACACCCGACCGAAACCAGAGGCGACACAGCGGACAUGUUCGUGGGGCUCACUCCAUGUCAUCUCUUCCUGCGACACCAUCUCGGCCCAGGGCAUUCUACGAAGCUCAGUACAUGACUCCUGGAAGCAAGCAAUUCGAUGGUCGCGUGAAGAUAUCGGAUAUCGUGUCCCAUGAACGACAGGCCGAGCGUGACGGCCACGACAGAGACAGCACCAUCUCCGCAUCUGACGCAAAGGAGGCCGUCACUGAUGAAGAUGUUCCUCCUUCCCAAGCUAGCUCCAUGGCCACGAACAUGCUACGUCGCAAUCCUGGCGAUCACAGUGCCAGGGCACCUGCCAACGUUGGUAGAUCGAACAACCUUUUGCAGACUAAAUUGUUUGGAAGGGUCCAGAAGGCAGGUGUUGAGCGUCCGAGCCCCUCGAAACGCAAAGCAGACUUCGAGGAAGACAAGACCGUCACGGCCAAGAAGACCAAAGCUCCUGCAAACGUCGGACUGGGCAUUGGGCCUUGGGGCACAUCUCGCGCAUAGAUGUUUUACUUUCUAGUCACGGUGAAUAACUCGCCGUUCUAGCUAUUGCUUUCAUAGCGCUUUCUCUUCAUUUUUGUGCUGUCUUCUUGCCUACCUUUCUGAUGAACAUAUCAUGACGAGUGAUGA